CUGUGGCUCCCAGGUAGUGCAGCCGGCCGGGCUCCCUCGGGACCGGGCGACUGCGCAUGCUCGCUGGCCGCGCUGGGCCGCUCGUCGGGCGGCGUUGACGACCCGGCUCCUCCGCGGCGGAGGUUGCGGGGCUACGAUGGCGAUGUGAGGGGCCCGCGGCGGGAUGGUGCUGACCCGGGCGGGGCCGCCUUCUUGCAGCGACACCACGGGCUCCUUCGUCCGACGGGCGGCGGCGGAGGCCGAGCCGGGCGAGAGGGGGAACAAUAUUUUUUUAGCAAGAAUCAGUAACUGGAAGUACAACAUUGGUUAUUUAAUGAUAUUAAAAUGAAGUUUUGAUCAGCAGAGGUGCUGUUACCAGAUUUGUCUUCUGAGUAUAAAUUAAAAAUGACUGAAGUUCAAGCAAUGGUAGAAUUCUCCGUGGAGCUAAACAAGUUCUACAAUGUGGAUUUAUUUCAGAGAGGUUUUUACCAGAUUCGUGCGUCUAUGAAAAUUCCACCAAGAGUUCCCCACAGAGUAGAAGCUAGUUUGUUACAUGCAGCAGGUAUGACUUUAGCCUUUCCAGCUUCAGUUCAUGAUUCUCUGAUUUGCAGUAAAACAUUUCAAAUUCUAUAUAAAAAUGAGGAAGUUGUUUUAAAUGAUGUCAUGAUCUUCAAAGUUAAAAUGUUGUUGGAUGAAAAAAAGAUUGAAGAAACCCUUGAGGAAAUGAAUUUUCUGUUAUCCUUGGAUCUGCACUUCACAGAUGGAGAUUAUUCGGCAGAUGAUCUGAACGCCUUGCAGCUGAUAAGCAGCCGAACACUGAAGCUGCACUUUAGCCUCCAAAGAGGCCUCCAUCACCAUGUCAAUGUCAUGUUUGAUUACUUCCACCUUUCUGUUGUGUCUGUGACAGUCCAUGCGUCAUUGGUUGCUCUACACCAGCCACUAAUAAGCUUUCCUCGCCCUGUGAAGACUACUUGGUUAAACAGAAAUGCACCAGCACAAAACAAAGAUUCUGUGAUUCCUACUCUUGAAAGUGUGGUCUUUGGUAUUAACUACACAAAACAGUUAUCACCAGACGGCUUCAGCUUCGUCAUUGCAGACUCCUUCCUGCGUCACGCCUACCGUUUCCAUUACACCCUCUGCGCCACCCUCCUGCUGGCCUUCAAGGGGCUGCACAGCUACUUCAUUACGGUAACGGAAGAGCUUCCCUCUUGUCAGAAACUAGAACUGGCCAAGGCCAACAUGCAGGUCCUUUAUGAGCGCCUUCUCAGAAGAAAACAGCCACCAACCCAGAAAGACACCUGUCUAGAGGAAAUGGAUGUGGAAGCGCGACUUACUGAAUUAUGUGAAGAAGUCAAGAAAAUAGAGAAUCCUGAUGAACUGGCAGAACUUAUAAAUAUGAAUCUUGCACAACUUUGCUCACUUCUAAUGGCUUUAUGGGGACAGUUUCUGGAAGUUAUAACACUACAUGAAGAGCUAAGACUAUUACUAGCACAAGAGCACCAUACUUUGAGGGUGCGCAGAUUUUCUGAGGCAUUCUUUUGUUUUGAACAUCCAAGAGAAGCUGCCAUUGCAUACCAGGAACUUCAUGCUCAGAGUCACCUCCAGAUGUGCACCGCUCUCAAAAACACUUCCUUCUGCAGCUCUCUCCCACCCCUGCCUAUUGAGUGUAGUGAAUUAGAUGGAGAUCUCAAUUCAUUACCUGUGAUCUUUGAAGACAGGUAUUUAGAUGCAGUUACUGAAGACUUAGAUGCACCCUGGAUGGGAAUUCAGAGUCUUCAGAGAUCAGAGUCCAGUAGAAUGGAUAAAUGUGAGACUGAAGAAAGCUCUCUAGCUGGACUUUCCAGCCCAGAGUUGAAAGUCAGACCUGCUGGGGCCUCCAGUUUUUGGUCUACAGAAGGUGAAAAGCAGCUAACAAAGUCUCUAAAAGGAAAGAAUGAAGAAUCAAAUAAAUCCAAGGUUAAGGUUACUAAGCUCAUGAAAACAAUGAAACCUGAAAACACAAAAAAAUUAAUAAAACAGAACUCUAAGGAUUCUGUGGUUUUGGUAGGCUACAAAUGUUUGAAAAGUACAGCAUCAAAUGAUCUCUUUAAAAGCUUUGAAGGCAAUCCUUCACAUAGUCAGAAGGAAGGUCUGGACACCACAAUAUGUGGAUAUAAUUUUGACCUAAAGACCUACAUCAGACAGACAAGUCAAAAGGAAGCUAGCUAUUUGCCAGCUAAUACAGAGAGAACUGAACAAAAGUCUCCAGAUAUUGAAAAUAUGCAACCAGACCUGUUUGAUCCUUUGAACUCUGGCAGCCUAAAUCUUUGUGCAAAUUUGUCCAUUUCAGGUAAACUUGGUAUCUCCCAGGACGAUAGUGAAAUUGCACAAGUGGAACACAGUGUGGCAUCCAGAAGUUCAUCAGAUGAUUGCCAUGAUCAUCAAACUGCCCCCACUUCGGGAGUUAGGACAAUUGAAGUAAAGCCCUCUAAUAAAGACCCUUUCAGUGGAGAGAAAAUAACUGUUAAAAUAGGAGCUUGGACAGAGCUUCGACAAGAUGAAAUAUUUGUGGAUAGUUUACAACUACCCAACUUUGAGUCCUUAGAAUCUAAUGGUAAAUCUAAAUCUAUAGAAGUAACACUUGAAGCUUUGCAGGAAGCAAAGUGUCGUUCUGUUGGAGAAUCAUUAGCUAAGCUAAGAAGUGAUCAACCUGCUUCUUCUACAAGAGAAUAUCAUGUUGUAGUGAGUGCAGACUCAAUUAAGUUACCAGAUAUUAGUGCCACGUGUGCCUCGUCUCGGUUCUCAGAUUCAGGUGUGGAAAGUGAACCAAGCUCUGUUGCAACACAUCCAAACCCUGACCUAGUCUUUGAAACUGUACAAGGGCAGGGUCUAUACAAUAACGAAAGGUUAUUUCCUCAGCUUUUGAUGAAGCCGGAUCAUAAUGUAAAGUUUUCACUAGGCAGCCACUGUACUGAGAGCACAAGUGCUUUCAGUGAGAUCCAGUCAUCCUUAACGUCCAUAAACUCUCUGCCUUCUGACGAUGAGCUUUCACCUGAUGAAAACCCUAAGAAAUCUGUUGUGCCUGAAUGCCACCUAAGCGAUAGCAGAACCGUGUUGAAUCUAGGAACGAUUGAUGUGCCAAAAUGUGACGAUAGAAAAAAGUCAAGUAUUCUCUUGCAACAGCAGAGUGUCGUGUUUUCAGGGCAUUUGGACAAUGAAACGAUAGCAAUACAUUCCUUAAAUUCAAGCACUAAAGACCCUUUACAAUUUGUUUUUUCAGAUGAAGGUACUUCCGGUGAUGUGAAAAGUAGUUGCAGCUCCAAACCUAACUUGGACACUGUGUGUAAAGACUCCCAGAGUCCUGAUAAAUCUAGUGACCCUGCAGGGACCGCAGUUCCGUUAAGUUCAGGACUGGUUUGUUCAGGCACCCCUUGUGUCGUUUCAGCUUCCAUUUCUACCAGGACAGACGUCAGUGAAGAUAGAACUGUGAAACGAAAAAAUAACGAUGUGUUAAAUCUCAAACAAAUGUAUUCAGAAGCCCCUACAGUUAAAGAUGACACUCACCUGGGUACAGGUGACCCUUUUUCAGCCAGUCCUGAUAUGGUAAAGCAAGGGCUUGUGGAAAAUUAUUUUGGCUAUCAAAGCAGUACAGAUACUUCUGACACGUGUACCGUUAGCUACAGCAAUUCAGUUAGCCCUCAGAAGGAGACUUCUGAAAAAGAAGUUAGUAAUCUUCAGCAGGAACGGGGUCAAGAUGAGGAGGAGGAAGAACAGGACCAACAGGUGGUUCAAAAUGGGUACCAUGAGGAGACAGGUGACUCAGCCCUGGAUGGGACAGUACGUGCUCUCUGUACAGACCGAGGUGCCCCGGCAGAAGACAGAUUGAGCCAAUCUGAAAAGAUUAGCAGUGACUCUCUGAGGGAUGGUGUAACUAUGCCUACUGUCUGUGCUUCCGGCUGUCUGUCCUUCCCGUCUGCACCACGAGAGUCUCCUUGUAGUGUUCACUAUUCUUCUAAGAGUAAACGUGAUGCCAUUACAAAGCAGCCAAGCAGCACUUCUUACAACUUCACCUCAUCACUGUCCUGGUAUGAAAAUUCACCAAAACCUCAAAUACAAGCCUUCCUUCAGGCGAAAGAAGAAUUGGAGCACCUUAAGCUCCCCGGGUUCAUGUACAGCGAUGUUCCUCUCCUGGCAUCCUCAGUACCCUAUUUUUGUGUGGAGGAGGAGGAGGAGGACCGUUCCGAACACGGAGUCCAUCUCAUUGUCUGUGUGCACGGCCUGGACGGUAACAGUGCAGAUCUCCGGUUAGUAAAAACUUACAUUGAACUUGGACUGCCUGGGGAAAGAAUUGAUUUUCUUAUGUCUGAGAGAAAUCAGAAUGAUACUUUUGCUGAUUUUGAUAGCAUGACUGAUCGCCUUCUGGACGAGAUAAUACAAUAUAUUCAGAUAUAUAGUCUAACAGUCUCAAAAAUAAGCUUUAUUGGACAUUCGUUGGGCAACUUAAUAAUCCGUUCAGUGCUUACAAGGCCACGGUUUCAAUAUUACCUUGACAAACUUCAUACCUUUCUAUCACUCUCUGGACCUCACCUUGGUACGCUCUACAAUAGCAGUGCUCUUGUUAAUACAGGUCUGUGGUUUAUGCAGAAAUGGAAAAAAUCAGGUUCUCUUUUGCAACUGACAUGUCGAGAUCAUUCAGACCCUCGCCAGACUUUCUUAUACAAGCUUAGUAAUAAAGCCGGGCUUCACUAUUUCAAAAAUGUUGUACUAGUGGGCUCUCUGCAGGAUCGCUACGUUCCUUAUCAUUCUGCCCGCAUUGAAAUGUGCAAGACAGCUUUAAAGGACAAACAGUCAGGACAGAUCUAUUCAGAAAUGAUCCACAACUUGCUUCGCCCGGUUCUGCAAAGCAAGGAUUGUAACUUGGUUCGAUAUAAUGUCAUCAAUGCAUUGCCCAAUACAGCUGAUUCACUCAUUGGGAGAGCUGCACAUAUAGCUGUUCUGGAUUCGGAAAUAUUUUUAGAGAAAUUCUUUCUGGUUGCCGCCCUCAAAUAUUUCCAUUAGGAUUAAAUGCAUUGGUAGAGACUUGACAAUUACCUCAUUCAACAGUGAUUCAGAUAAUGUAUUAUAUUAAACUGUAGAUGCUGAUAAGUUCUAAGAAAUAUUUAUACCUUUUUAUAUGGAAGAUAAUUUAUAUCAUCCAUGUUUAGAGCUUUUUAAACAUCAACUUUACUUUCUAGGUAAUGUGGCUGUGCAAUAUUUUUUUAAUUUUAUCUUUUUACUUUUCUAUUACUUUUUCAUAUAUUUUGCUACAUAAGUAUUUCAGUGAAACUCUAAGCCCAUAUGUAUGUCUGAUUGUUUAUUAUUGGCUUUCCACAAUCCUCACAUCAGACACAUCGUAUUAGAGGCCAUUAUUGCUAGAAUAGCAUGGGAUUUUAAAUUUUCUAGUAUUGGGGUAUUAUUUAGUUAAUCAUAAAUUUUACUUUUGACAUUUUACUAUGUUUUAACUGGAAAUAAAAUUAUGGCUGCUAAAAUAUAUUUUUUGAAAUCAACUCUUUUGCCCUCUCAAAUCGGGUAGUUCAUAUAUGACAACGUUAUGAACAUUUUCUAUAAAAGAAUCAUUAUUACUGUUGCUAGUAAACAUAUGUCAUGCCUAUUAAAAUAUAUUUUCUACUGGUGAUUUCAACAUUAUUUCUCAUAUUGACUUUUAUUACUGGAACUUUUCAUGUUCAUUUUAGCAGCAUCUAGAGAUUUUUGAAUGUUUGAAUGCCCUCUGCCUUGAUUUGGUUGGAAUUUUGCUAAAUUUGGAAAUGUUGCUUGAACUUUCUGACUACAUUUCUUUAACUUUUUUCAUGGACUUCCUUGU